CAAAGCUGAGCUCCCUGUCGCUUUCUACCACGUCGUUUGCCUGGGUCGUUCUUUUUGAUGGUUGUUGGAUGAAGUACGAACCUGAGCCGAGAGACACUGAUCGACGUAACCAGGCCCUGGAUUGGGCCCGAGGUGCUGGGUGCCAACCUGACAGCCAGAGAGGGGGGCAAUUCUCUUUCCGAACAUCGCAGACAAUCCGCCGCUGAAACAUACAUGGACGUUUAAACGCAUUUGCCUGGGCUGCGUUUGUUAACCUGGUUGCAUUUAUGGCCCCUGAACUUUCCUGCCGCCUGGAUUGCUGAGGACAGCUGUUUCUGGCAUGCAGAUCAGACGCCCCGUCACAUUCACGCCAUAAACCUAAUGGGAAGGGGGGCGGGCGCUCCCCCAGUCAGGCUGUGUGACGCACAGGCUGCUUGCCCUGGAUGGGGUCUUUCACUAGCUUGCUGGCAUUGGAUAAGGACAUCUCAGCAGGCAGCGUCAUCCUCUUGGGAUGGCUGAGACGAUCUGGGGUCUCUUUAGAAGCCUGGAGAAUUCUAGGCCCCCAGAGUGUGGGACUGAGCUGUGUAGAGCGGCAUUGUCCCAUUAAUAUGGGGAUGGGCAUUGACUCUGUACGUGUCCCGUAGGAAUAACCUUCGAACUGUACGCUGCACUCGCUUGGCUCCUUUCCAGCCCUACAUCUCAGGGUGGUUUACAGAGGUGGGUGAGGCGCAGUAGCUCCAUAUUAGAGAUGGGGAAACUGAGGCACAGAGCAGAGAACCGACUUGCCCAAGGUCACCCAGUGAGUCAGUGGCAAAGCCACGUUCAAAACCCAGAUCUCCUGACUCCCAGGCCUGUCCUCUAGCUGUUAAACCCGGGACUUCAAUUCCCGUCGUGCACAAGUGGAAGUUGUGCACAGCCACGCGUGAGUGUGACAUCCCUGGUUCGUGUGACCGGGACAUGGCUGCACUCGUGUGAUGCUGACAUCUGACGUACGCAUGGCCUUGACACGUACCCACCUAUGCGUGGGGCUGCUCUCCUGGGGUAUAAGAAGUACUGGACAGGCCUGCGGGGGCUCACGCUGUUUUUCUACAAUGGCAGCCGAGACGUGCAGUACGUGGAGAAGAUCGACCUGGACACCUUCGUGUCCCUGACCGACGGCUACCUCCGGGGCGGCCCCAGGGCCAGCGACGACGGGGUGGGGCUCAGCCUGAAGCUGAGGGGGCAGGAAGUGAAGUUAAAGGCCGAGAGCCUGGAAACUCGGGAGAUGUGGAAGGGUUUUAUCCUCACCGUGGUGGAGAUGAAAGUCCCCUCCAACCUGACGUUGCUGCCCGGCCACAUCUACAUGAUGUCCGAAGCCCUCUCCAAAGAGCAGGAGCGACGGGCCGAGCUGAGCCAGCGCUGCGCCGCGAGCUCCUUCGACUACGAGGCGGUGGAGGAGCAGAUGCCGGACUGCUAUUUCAAGGUCUCCAGGACAGAGGCCCAGGUCCUGCUGGAGAGGAACCCGGACUGCGGCAACAUGUUGCUGCGCCCGGGGGGUGAUGGGAAGAGCAUCUCGGUGACCACGCGUCAGAUGCUGAAUGGCACCCCGGUUGUGAAGCACUACAGAGUGAGCUGCAUGGGACAGCAAUACGUCAUCGACGUCGAGCAGCCGCACCACUGCUCCUCCCUGGCCGAGGUGGUGGAGUACUUCGUCUCCAACACCAAGAAGACCCUGGUGCCCUUGAGCCUGGAGGAGGACUACUCGGAGAAGUUAGAGUUUGUGGAGACCGAUAAGGAGAACGGCGAGAGCGUCUGGGAAGCAUCCAUGCCCCCCUGCCCAAAGCCCUCCAGAGCAGAUGCACUGAUUCCGCCCAGCUUCAGAAAAGGUGCCGUGGUGAAGCCCCCUGCCCCUACCCCCACCCCCGUGUUUGAGAAGAGGGAGGAGGAUGAAGAACAGGCCUACAUGAAUGACGAAGAUGUGGCAGCCAUCACGGGAACAAAGGCAAAGUCAGCCAACUCCACAGCGGGUGCCGUGAAGGUGAUGUGGGGAGGGGGCGGCCAGAGCAAGACGCUGCCGAUACCAACCGGCAAGCCAGCCACUAAAGGCCAGUUAACCAGGAAUCCCAGCAGCCCCAGCAGCACCUUCAACCUACAGAAACAUGGUAGCAGCUCCUCCCGCCAGGCCACGUCGUGGGUCAGAGACCUCUCCCCAGACAUCUCAGAGGAGCUGGCGCAGAAGCUACAGAAGCGAAGAGCCAACCUUGAGGACUGAGCCGAUGGCCUGGCGGGCGAGGAGGCGUCUGCUGGGGACACAGGGUUCCAAUCCUCUCGGGGAACAAAACCUUGGCCCCCAGCCUCUCCCGGCUCUUGUGCAGCGUUGAUCACAUACCCAGGGCCCGGCCCUGCUUCUCUGGCCCUUUCCCAGCACCGUGAGACACGGGUUUGUAAGGCUCCCAGCACCCUCUGCCCAACUGCAGCCCCCCCCCGAGAGAGCCUUAGCUCUGGGCCCGUCACAGUGAUUUUUCUAGGGGCAAGGCUGCCACCUCGCAUGGGCCCUGGCUGUCCCCCUUCCAUGGCUCGGAGGGGCUGCCCCUUAGCCUGGUAGGGUGUGGUCUGUGGGUGCCACGUGCCUGGACAGGCAGCAAGGGCCAAAGGGAGGGAACGAUGCCCCAUGGGCACCCUCGCCCCCAGAGAGGAAGCUAAUCCAGACCCCGGCAGGCUGCGACUGGCCCUGCUGCCGAGCGAGGGGGUCUCUGCGGGUAACGCCCGAGCACCUUUAAUAGCCAUGUGAUUCCCGCCGUCCCAGGAGGGCUCUGGGCGAGGGGCUAAUCCCGCCCCCAGAUCAAGGAGGAAGCGCCAGGGACUGGGUGCUGCUUUCGGCCUCAUUUGCCUAGGCCAGGCCCUUUGCAUGCUGCGGCUCAGGGUUAAAAGGCUCGGGCGGGCGGGGGAGACGGGCGACGCCUUCCUAUGCCCAGUUUGCCUGGGGGUGUUUCACAGUGCAGGGUAAACCAAAGGCAGAGCUGGGGGGCAGGAGUGGCACACCUGUGGCUGGCAUGCCAGGGCGGGCUGGAAGCUAGAAUUAUGGGGCAGUGGCAGGGCUGGCCAGGGGGCAUCCCAGGGCAUGGGGUUACCCCCUGAUCAUCUUGGCUAAUCGCCAUUGAUGGACCUAUCCUCCAUGAACGGAUCUAAUUCCUUUUUGAACCCAGUCUUGUUCUUGUUAUGUGAAGGGGUAACUAACCCUUCCUUCUAUCAUAUCCCUGCUUAGUCGUCCCUUUUCCAAGCUGAAAAGUCCAUCGCUUCACCCUCUCUUCCUAUGGAAGCUGUUCCAGCCCCCUAAUCAUUUUUGUUGCCCUUCUCUGUAUCUU